AUGGCGUCCACGGAUCAGGCUUACGAGACUAAAGGUAGGACCAGUGUGCUCGACAGAAGCGAUUCUUCAUUUGCCAGUGUAGAUAUUGCAGACUUUGCUAGCCUUGAAGAUGAUCCUAAACGAAGUCCUUCGCCUCAACCAACAUUUACUAAACAUCCACGACGUACACCAGCAAACACGCCUCCACAAAGACGUUCGGAGAAGGUACUGUCGCGGUCCUUUAGUGUGUCUUCCAUUGAAGAACAGUUAACUGAUAAUGAAUGUUAUAUAGUUAAAUUAGAACCCGGUUAUACUGUUAUACCGGAAAUUAUUUUACCUACGUCGAAUCAUAAAGGUUAUGUUUAUCAUAAUCGGUCUAAAUCUGAUACUGAAAUAUCAAUACACAAGUCUGACACUUAUGGACCUACACAUAGGAUAUCACCAUCUAACUUGACGUUAAGACAAAGAGUUAGAAGAAAACGUUCUGAAACGCCAACUCCAAACGAACUUAAUUUAGCAGAGAAGGUUAUACUACAGAGAAGAGUACUAGCAUAUGUGCAAUCCGUUGAGGAGCGGCAGCAGGUCACAAAUGAGGGCAUUCAUCACAGAGAAAUACCAGAAAAUACAACACCAAGACAAAUAUUGGUGGAAUUAGAUUCUCCACGACAGCAACCACGCGUGAUAGACGACAAUCAUCAUACAGUAUGGGAAGUGGAAGAAGAUUCAAGACCAUCAUCACAAGCUGAAAACCGGAAGGUAUCCUCCCGUCAAAGUGUAAGGGAACAGAAAAGUGUUACAACGGUUAUACAGGAAAGACGACACACUGCUACCCCUAGAACACCAACACCAAAGCGGACACCAACACCCAAACGUUCUCCUACCCCUUCAGACUUAAAUCCCCAUACAGUCUUGCCCCCAAUUCAUAAAGAAAGUUCUGUCGUAGAAACCGUUGUUCGUAGUGAAAGUCGACAUUCACUGAACAAAGAUGUACAAAUUGAUAAUUCGGUUGAUGAAACUCGUGUAACAAAAUAUGAAAACAGUAAUGUGUCUUCACGAGAUAUAGAAAAGACAGAAAAUCUCACUAAAGAAGAAUCCGUAGAAGAGGCUGUUUCAAGAAAGGAAGAAAAAAUAGAAAAGCGAAAUGAAAGUAUUUCCAAAACUGAAACACGCGAAGAAAACACGUCUUCAAAAGAUGAAUCUAAGGAUGAAACGUCAUCUUAUCAACAUGAACAAAAUCAUUCUCACGACGAAUCCAGCUCAAAACUAGAAAAGACAAAGGAAAGCCAAGAGACAACCUCUAAUACAUCAGAUGAUAAGAAUGACACUGCGAUUAUUGCCGCUGCAUCAGCCGCAGUUGCUGUCCCAGUGGUGGCGGCUACGGCUGCUAAGGUGGCAUCGUCAAACAAACCAAAACCAGAGUCUAAUAAACCACCGACUAAAGAGGACGAAACGCCUGCUCGAUCCACUGGACCUGCUAUGGAAGAUGGGGAGCGCGCUGAUGCCAUUGAACAGUUGGAAAGACUUGCGGAUCAUAAAAUUAAAAAAAUAAUAGAUCCGAAGAAAGCUGGGGAUGAGCCCCAUGUUGACAAGAAAAUAAGAGAUAAAGUAUUCAGCAAGGAAUUUCAAGAUGACUUGGACAACUUUCUUAAAUCGCCUUAG